UGUAUGGAUGCCACUAUGUCAUAUGAAUGUCUGAAUGGCCCACUUCUUAGACAACCCUUUAAAGGGAGCCGUUUCGGACAGCUUGUGUUAUCAGGACCAGGUGUCAGGAAUGCCAGUCCAAUUCCUGGCAUACCCUCAUGGAUGGAGCUACUGUAUAAAAGAGCAGAGGUUGGUCCUGUGGCCUCCAGCAUCCACAAGCUACUCAGCAAAGAAUCCCCCAAAAGGUCCAUCUAUCCUCCAGAAAUAGAAAAAAGAACUAUGCCUCUUUCUUCGUGUGUUGCCUGCGGCCUUCUCCUCAUCUUGAACCUUCAGCUCUUCAGCACAUAUCCUGUUGGCACCAGCUUGACCUCCAGUGAUAUGGACAUUUUAAAGUUGCUCCUUGACAGAUUAGAGGAGACCCUUCCAGAGCAGACCGAAAUUGAGCAGAGGCUCUCUGCAGAGAGGGACAACACUCUUGACGACCUGAACAUAGAAGCUGAUGCACAGCAGCCACGGGACGUCUUGGACGAAGGUUCAGUCAGGGAGUUCCUGUCAGCCAAAAACCUGAAGAGCAUCCGCAGUGACUCCUCCAGGAGAUCUUCUGGUUGCUUUGGUCGCCGUAUGGACCGAAUAGGGUCCAUGAGUUCCCUGGGCUGUAACAGGGUUGGCAAAUACAAUCCAAAAUGAUGAUGAAGUCUUACCAUCGACAACCUUGUGGAACUGCAAUGUUGCUACCCAAAGUUAUUUUCUAUUCAUUCGAUAUUUAUUACGUAAUAUUUUGUUUGUGCCUCACCUGUCUAUUUAUUUAAAUGUAUGUGAAACUGUUUGUGCCCCCAUUGUUUCAAUAAAUGUUUACAACUGCA